AGCCACUUAAUUUAAUCAUGAAAACUCAAGUUUUCUUACUCUCCUUGCGUCCUUUUCUGCUGCUUCGGCCCUUUCUUCCCUUUUUUCCCCCCUUCUCCAGAGAUCUUUACAGCUUAGGGGUUGGGAUUUUUCUUAUUUUCUCGUUCGCUGUUCUCGUCAAAUGUUUCUUUUUUUUUUCCUUUUAUCUCCAGCUAAUUUCUGGUCGCUACUUAAAGGAAUUUUUGCUCCUGCAAGUGCGAGAUUUCCAGUACGGUUUCAGUGUUCGAAUUCAUGACACAGUCCUUUUUUCUCUCGCGCAAUUUCUGAGUCUUGAGUAAUUGCCAAUUUCAGAUUGCUAAACGGCUUUUGGUUGUAUUCAAUGUAUGCUCUCAGAAUUUGAGCAAUGCUAUUUAAUUUCGGGUCUGGACAGCUAUUAUUAUUUCCGUAAUUUUGGUCGAAAAGGGUUAAUAAUGCUGUCUCUGAACUGAUGCAGUACACCUUCGUGCUUCAUCUUCUCUGCAUCAUUCUUUUUCUUUCUUUCUUUCUUUGUUUUUUUUGCCCUGUUGGGGGUCUAUGAGAUUCUCCAUUGGAACUCUGUGCUUUAGUUUAGGUAGGUAUUUCUUGAGUACAUUAAAAAAGGUUCCCUUUUAAGGAAAUGGGAUCUGCUUUUUCCCAUCUCAUCAUAAAUUAUAAUAACAUGAUCAAUAUCCAUAACUGCAACAAUAAUAAUAGCAACAACAACAGUAAGACUUCCAUAUUAAUAUCUCAAUAAUAAUGAAGCAAGGAGGGGGGGAGUAGAAUUUAUAUGCUUCUUAUAUGAUCUGAUCCCUCUGGAAAAGCAACUCAUGGGGGUCAUGAUUUCUACUACAUCCCUUGUCUCAUCUGCCCAAAUGCCUUAAACAAUUCAGAUGCUGCUCAUGUUUUGUCUUUCUGUUUUCAUUAGUGCAGGACUGCUUCUUUCUGACUUGAUCGAUUAAGCUUUUGACUCGGAAAAAAGAAUGGAGGGUGACAUAUUCUCUGGUCUAAACAAUGGUACAACACAAGUCGAUGGCAAGAUCUUGCAGACAUUUAAAAAGAGCUUCGUUCAAGUGCAGAACAUCUUGGAUCAGAACAGGCUUCUCAUCAACGAGAUAAACCAGAAUCACGAGUCCAAGAUCCCCGACAACCUAAGCAGAAACGUGGGUCUUAUUAAAGAGCUCAACAACAACAUCAAAAGAGUGGUUGAUCUUUAUGCUGAUCUUUCAAGCUCCUUCACGAAAUCCAUGGAUGUUUCAUCCGAGGGAGAUUCUAGUGGUGCUCUAAAAUCUGACGGGAAAGCGGGACACAAGCGACACAGGCCUGCAUAGUGUUUGCUUCUUUUUCCUUAUUAUUUUGCUUGGUGACUGAAGAUGCAGAACGAGCAAGCAACAACACAAAUUGCGUCGAGUUGAGGGUAGAACUAAGAUUAGAUUCUGUAUCUGAUACUCUGAUCUCUUGUUGUCAAGAAAAAUAGAAAAAGAUUGAUGAUUUUCCAGAAUCCCUCUCUCACUGUAACCUUGUAACUGUGGAUCUAAUGGAAAUUCCAGCAAUGUUUGUGGUACUACUAAUUUAGUUUCGCUUCUGUUGUCCCAGAAGAAAAAUAAGAAUGUCUUUUCUCCUCCAUUUAAGGUUCAUCAUGUGAUGGAAUAUAAUGCUACUGUUGUGCUUU